GCAACGCGACGCAUAAUAAUAGGCACUGGCAAAUUUUUCCGAUUGUGGCGAUUUCUUCUUUAGAAAGUAGUCAUAAAGUACCAUAUAUCAGAAUUUAUUUCUUCAGUUUGAAUAGGAAAUUCGUUAGAACAUAAAGUGAUGAGAAAAACGAACCCAGACUCCAAACGCAAUAAUACAAGUGCCAAAUGCUCAUCUGAGUGAUCGAACAAUAGGUCUUUUCUUGGUCCUUGAUCCAAAAGAAAGCUUGACUUCAGAAGGGUAACAAUAGCGGACUGUUGCACUUCAUUGAUUGAUCGUGAAUCAUGGAGUCGCACCAUGCGUGUUCUCGUAGCCUUCUUGCUGAAGUCCUAGGCUAGGGCCAACCGGAGGGAUUCAGAAUGGCAUCUGGAUCGAUUAGCGCCCUCAACGAGCGAUUGAGGAGCUCGGCCGGAAAAGGGAACUGGGAAGAAAUCGAACAGCUCCUCCGGCACGGGGCUACCUUUGAAGCGGACAAGUAUGGGAGGACAGCUCUUCACUAUGCAGCCCACUAUGGCCAAGUCAAGGCUAUCAGAGUCUGCAUUGCAAAGGGAUGCGAGCUUGAUAAAGUCGAUACAUAUGGCUGUACUGCAUUGCACAAAGCGAUAGCACCAGAUGGACAUGUCGAAGCUGUGAGGGCGCUAAUCAGCGAGGGUUGCGACGUGGACGGGCAAGAUGAAAAUGGCAAUACCUGUGUGCAUGAGGGUGCUAUGAAUGGCUUCAGUCAAUCUUUGGAUGUGCUUAUCAAGAUUGGAAAGGCUGAUAUUCACACCAGCAAUAAGAAUGGUCAGAAAGCUAUCCACUUAUCCUGUCAGCAUGGUCACAAUCAAAGCACAAGAAUACUCUUGAAAGCAGGCUCAAAUCCCAACAUAAAAAAUAGUUGUGGAGAAACACCUCUUCAUAUCGCCUGCCUGUACGGUCAUAUAACAUGUGCGAGGAUUCUCAUAAGUGCAGAGUGUGACAUCAACAUGAAAAACAAGGUAUGGGACUACACGUAAAAAAAACUAGGUAGAGGAUUCAAAUCCCAGGACUCUAUAACACAAAGGUUUGCCAUUGAUUGUUUGAAUGAACAAUUCCUGGGGGGCGUUUCAUCAAACAAUUAGUCGGUGGUUUUCUCCGACUAAAUGUGAUUUUCACCGACUAAUUUCAUUUUCACCGACAAUUUUGCCAUCACCGACUAAAUUCCAUUUCAUGAAAAUUUGUCGGUGAUUUUCUCCGACAAAUUAUUGGAAACCACCGACUAAUUUUGUCGGUGGCCUUCACCUACCGACAAAACUUAUUUUCACCGACUAAUCAGCCUUUUGAGGGCCUUUGCAGCUAAAAUCGAUCAAUUUCAGUUGAUUUUGAAAAUAACAUUUUAAUAAAUUGCUUAUUUUUCAUUUCAUUGAGAAAAUUCAAAGAAAAUGUAUUUAUUUUUAGUCAAUGACAAAUAAAAAGUAGACAUUUCAAGAAUAAUAUUUUCAUCUUUAAAACUAUAUUAUAUCAAUCAAUACAUAGGAAACAUCUUCAAAUGUACACAUUUUUUCUAACAUAAUUUACUUUAACCCAAAUAAAUCAUUGUGCAUUUUUUAAUCAAUAAUGUCUGAUAAUGUCUGAAAAAUGCGACCUCAUUGACUUUUGUACAAGUUUUUUCAAUGUUCAUUAGUGUUGUUGGUGUUGCUGCUGCUGUUGUCAUCGUGAUUGCUGGAAUUGCUGUUUGUUUUUGCUGCUCUUGGUGUUGUGGGUGUGGUUGUUGCAUCUCCUGGUGCAAUUAGUUAUUUUUGCUACUGAUGUUGCUCAAGGUGUUGCCUGUGUGGUUGCUGUUGUCAUCGCUGCUACUGCUGCUGUUUACGAGUGUGGCUGUUGCAUCUCCUGAUGCAUCUAUUGAUGUUGUCGCUUAUGUUGUUGCUUGUAUGAUUGCUUGUUAGAAUCCUUGCUGUUGGCUUUGUUUCUACUGUCGUUGUUGCUACUGCUGUUGAUGUUUACCACUGUGGUUGUUGCAUCUCUUGAUGAAGUUAUUUAUGUUGCGCCCGAUGUUCCCUGCAUGGUUGUUGGAGCUCCUGCUGCUGUUGAUGUUGUCGGUGUGGUUGUUGCAUCUCUUACUGCAGUUGUAGUUUCAGCUGCUGAUGCUGUUGUUGCUCCUGCUGCUGUCCAUGUUCAUUGAAGUAACUGAAAUGGAUUUAAUUUAUAGAGCAUGUGAUAUUUUAUUAAUAAAGAUAUCAAUUUCCAUCAUUAUUGAUAUCAGUCAUUUAUUCUUAAAGGUAUAGUGUAUGAUUGGUUGAUCUCAGACAAGGGCAAUGAAUCAAUUUUGAAAUUAUUACAUUCAUUAAAUACCUAUAUUAUUGCUCUAUUUUAUCACGGAAAAGAAACUUGCAUAACUUUAUUAUUCUCAUGAUAUUGAGGGGUGAAACAUAUAUUAUAACAAAUGUCGGUUAAACGAUAAAAGUUUGAACUUUCUUAUUGACGCCCUCUCGGGUUAAAAAAUAAAUUGAUAUUAGAACACCGUUCGAAUCAUGCAUAUUCAUUACGACUCAUGCAUAUUGAUGAAAUACGUCAUGGCGCAUGCGCAGUAUCAAGAAAUCCCCGUAUCAACAAAGUGCAGUACUCUGUAGCUGAGUAGAAAGCAAACAUCGAACGGUGCGUGCAAGCUCAAUGAGCCGAUGCUAGGCGGCUAGCGACAUGCUUGCGCUCUGCAUUAGUUUCAGAUAUAAUCCACUAUUUGCGAUAGCACACACAGGAUAAGAAUACUAUAUUGAGCUAUAUCCAUAAAUGUAUCGUACGCAUGAAAAAGGAUUCAGACACGUUGAUUAUCUGACGUGAAUGACGAAGCAAAGGAUUGCCCAAUACGGCUUACUUUCGGACUCUUAUGUCAUGAAUCUGAAAGUACUCCAAGACUAAAAGAGAUACGAGAAUCCCAGAGAUGGGCAAGGGCCGAGUUCCGAGUUUGAUCUUUAUUCAUGUGGAUUGUAGCUCUUUUAUGCACCUUUCCCUUCAUGUAUAGCUUGGCGUGAUACAUAUACGGGAACUACAGCGAGGCGCUAUAGCGCAGCUCACUGGACUCCUUGGCCCUCCCCAAAGGAAAGGGGGAGGGAGGAGAGAGAAGAAAGAAAGAAGUGGAUUGGUAAAAGAGAAUCAGGAGAGCCAUCACAAAGGGAUAUGGAUACAACAUACCCUAAUUUGAUAUUUUGGUGUUUUUUUAUCUUUCCUGAAUGUUUCAGUCAGUUUCAGAUUAUUUAGAUCCACUCUCAAAGUACAGAGGAGAAAUUGGAAAAAAAAAGUUAGACCAAAAAUAUUUAAAACUCUAAACAGACGGCCACCACCAUUCUGUCUACAGCCAAGCAUGAAGGGAAAGGGCGAAGAGAAAAACGAUUACUUUCAGAGCAGGUUCUACGAUAUAAAACAGGGUUUGUUUAAUACGGGGUUAAAUAUAGGCCUAUAGUAAAACAUAACGAAGAUGCAAUCAUAUAUGCCUAUAGUAAAACAUAACGAAUAUGCAACCCCAAUGCGGGGUUAAAUAUAGGCCUAUAGUAAAACAUAACGAAGAUGCAACCCCAAUGCGGGGUUAAAUAUAGGCCUGUAGUAAAACAUAACGAAGAUACAAUCCCAAUGCAACACUUGACUACUCUUCGUUUGUUUAGAUUGAACUCGCGAGGUCAAAAGGUGAGCUGAGAAACCUGUUGAUGCGAAGUACGUACGUGUAGUCUACAUUGUGUAGACCGUGAUAGCAUGAAUGUGACCAACGUACGCAUCAAGUUGCUAAUUUCUGUUAUUUCUGUGCCGAGGUUUUUACCUGACUGCUAAGAAAGCACGAAUGCCUGUGAGCAAGCAACCAGGGGACCAACGGCUCAAGGUCGAACAAGCAGAGUAAAGGCGUCAUGAGUCAAAAAAUGAGGGGGGGCAGACAUGACGUCAGGGACAAGAUUUCUGGGAAAACUCUUAUUUUUGCAUCCACACAAGAAAGCUUGCAUCGAGAUAUGGAAAAAUGAGAAGUUGAGUAUUGCGCGGUGCACGUGCUUCAGAGUUGUGAUUUCCAGGGCCGACCAGCAUGUAGAGUCUUAAACAGAACUUUACAAGGCACGCCGUGGGGCAAAGUGCAACAACGUAUGUGAAAGAAGACUAAGCAAACCUGGAGAAGCAGCAAGGUGCAACAUGUACAAGGGAAUUGUGCAUGUACAUUACGUCUGCUUUGAAAUGUGUACAUGGGUCGCCGAGUUUUUAUGUAGUAUGGGGAGGGGGUGGGGGUAGCCUAUAAUGAUAUAGUAGGGCGCUUUAUACUUUAUACAAUCAUGGACCUAUUAGGUCCAUGCUAUAAUCAAACCAUCAGCACGACCGGUGGAUGGAUGACUGAAAGAAUGGAUGGAUAGGCAUAUAUAAAUGGAUCAUCCAAUUGAUGUAUUUUCCCAAGAAAUGGAUGGUCAAAGAGAAAUGGAUACAAAUGAUGCAGCAAUAGAUAGGGGCACCCCAUGGGAGAUCAACUUGCUACCCCUUCAUAGACAGUAACCAAGUAGAAAGAAUUGAUAAAAAGAUGAAAUUUUAUAACAAAUGAGAGGAAGAAAGGCCUCCGGGAAAGGCCUAUACGCAUACAGAGUGUGCACGAGCAGUUCAACCGUUGAAAAAAUGUGAAUGACUGCGACAUGAGCAGGACAAAGACAUUACUUGCAUCCGGGACUUGCAUCUUGAUUGGCAUAACAUUUUAGACUUAUUUAUCAAUGGAAUUGUAACUCCCAUUUCCCUGCUAUAACUAUAGGAAAAACGAAUGAUAACUGUUGUUUUAUAGACGUGGAAAUUUAUGCUUCAUAUUAGGACCAAAGAGAUUCUGGCGUACGUGUCAAUAUUUCAAAACUCAUGCGGGAAAAUAAUAUAAUGAUUUUUUAUGAUUGAAAAAAAAGUGCCAAGUUCACACUGUCACGAUUUUUUUUUUUGGUGGCGGUGCUGAGGAAAAUUUGAC